AUGACUGCAGUGCAAAAUCCAGUGGCACCACCGCUUUUCAGUGGCACCGUCAAAGAUUGCCUCCCUGAAGGUCUUGGGCAGACUGGUGGUCGCAUCUCCUCUGAAAAGAUUGGGUUUCUUCGACCAACACCGAAACAUCUGCCAGUAGAGCAGUUGCGACAACGACUCAAAGAAGACGGAUACUUGUUCGUUAAGGAUGUUAUUCCGAGAGAGGAUGUCCUCGAUGCGAGAGAGAACUACUUCAAACAGUACUCUGAAACUUCCCUGUUAGAACCUGGCUCCUCUCCCAGAGACGGUAUCUUCAACUCAUCGUCAUCUCCUGAUUCACACAAAGGUAUCGGGGGCCAGGGGCUGCCCACCAACCCUGUGGAGCACCAGAUUCUCAUCGACGCCCACAAGGAGGCCGAGUACCGAGCGUUUGUGGAGCAUCCGGCAUUGACGAAGUUCAUCAGAGCCUUGAUGGGAUGGAAAGAGCAUCGGAUUCUGGACCGAACAAUGCUCCGGCACAAAGUGCCCCUUGGCAAGGGAACAGGGAUUCACUAUGAUAAAUUAUUUCUGAGAGGAGGAGAGGGCUUCUUCCUUACUGCCUGGGUACCUAUCGGCGAUAUCUCCGUUCAAGGUGGAGGUCUCUGCUAUCUUGAGAAUUCACUCCCGCUAGGCCGUACCAUCGAAGAAGACUACACCAGGCGCGCGGAAGAAUUCACACCAGAGCAGCGGAUCUCUGCAUUCAAUGUUAACAUGCUAGACGGUGGCAUGAUUUCCAACUCACCGCAAGAGUUCCAAGCCAUGCAUUCCUCACACGGGGAUCACAAAUGGCUAGUGACGAACUAUGAGGCUGGAGACGUGGUAUUUCAUGACCCAUAUAGCAUUCAUGCCAGUGGUCGAAAUGAAGACCCUGAGAAUCGGAUCCGCUUGAGUACGGAUCUGAGAUUCUAUGAGAAGGAUGAUCCUGGCAUUGAUACCAGGUGGUAUAAGCUUUGGUGUCCAGGUGAUGGACUGUGA